CGCAGGAAUCCUACUCGCCACGCCCGUUGCUGUCGUGCCCAACCCCAUAUUUUCUUAUCUCAUUGGCUGCCCAUCGGCCCAGAGCGACGUGGAGAGCCACGUGUGAGGAUGCGCCACUGCCACGCUACGGUGACAGCCACUGCGACGGCACUAAAACCAGAGGGGGGGGCUACUCGUUCCGUCUAGCUUGUGUAUUUGUCAGGGCAGACUGUUACCCGCCGUCCUUUUGUCUCAUAUAUGCAGUUUGUGUGUUUUCUCAGCAUUUCUUUUUUGCUGUCUGUUCAGCUUCUUUCUUUUUUUCGGUGAUGAUGGAGGAUUGAUGUCCCAGCUGGGCGGUCAGCGUCUGAAACAGGGCAACGCCUUUAGCGGGCCUAACACCGCUAACGAGGGCCGCAAAGCACCCCCGCUACAGCGCAGCGGGAAUGCAGGGGAAGCCGUUUCUUUGCUUCUGCCAUUGUGACUGGAAUGCGGAUCGCAUUGUGUGUGAUUUUAAGCCAGUUUUUAUUUGUUGGGAGCACGCGACACUAGCAAAAGGAUAAUGCGCAUUGUCUUAGCGACGACCAACGUCAGGGGCAUUUGGAAACAGUGGCAGCUUCUCUGUCCCACAAGAUGCGCCUGUAUAUUAACUGGGAGACGAGACGGCAUUUGUUUACGCGAAACUUGUCUCCUCUGCAUGCAGCUCGGCCUGUCUCCAGUGAUAGACAAUGCAUAGCCCCUAACCAACAGGGUACAAACAAACAGAAAAAAUAAUAAGAAAGUGGUGCAUGUCUGAUGAUGCCAUGAUCAGACCCGUGCAUUUUCCAAAGUGAAAGUGUGUGAAUGCGCUGGCCGUGGAGACCAGCACAUCGAAAAACCUAACCUCUCCGCGGCAGCCCAGCAUAGUUGCUCCAGUGCUAAAUAAUUAGAGCUACAAGAUAGACUAGUGAUUCCAAUAGCGCCUUAUCUGACAGCCGUCCAUAAUUAUUAUACUGAAAAAUAUCUCCGAGACGAGGACACAAAACCACAUGGGCAUCUCCGAUCCGCUCUUGUCAAAGACGCUGUAAAAGGGGACGCUACGCCAACAGGGGGCUACAAGGCCAACCAACAACCAAACCCACUAUAAGUUUUAGGCUGAGCAGGCGAGUGAGUGAGAGCGGAGAAGGGGGCAACGGCCGAACGUGGCCUAUUGCAGGGGUCUUAGCGCAUUUUCCCUGGCCUGGCCAUCUUUUUUUCUUUCUCCUGUUUAAGGUGGCCCAGCCAGCACAGCGCUAUGUCCUUUUUUUUCUCUUGCAGUGUAGUCACUGCGCGCGAGGUGAAUCACUACCUUUGUACAGAGGUACAGUGCUCUUCUGCCCGCUAUACUUUGUAGUACUGUACCCAAGACCCCCCAAAGAUCUCCCUGCUGUUCGUCCUUUUUCUUUUUCUUGCUGUGUUGGGGGGUGGCCUCCCUUUCCCGUCCAGCAGAACAAUAUAUUCCCAAUAAAUAUAAUUCUUCCUCUUUCCUCUCUCUAAUUUCGCUCUUGUUUUUUUUUUUUUGAAACCUUCAUCCGCAACCCCCCAGUCAUCAGGCGCCGCACAUCCUCAUUCCACACACGCUGUUUGUUUGCCUUGGGCGCUGUUCCGGCCCCUCUUCCCCCCAGUCUCCGCGGCCCCUCCACUUCUCAACCGCUGUAUUUUCUGCGCCUUUCGGCACCUCUCAGCGCAUAACCGAGCUUCACUGUUUUUUUCCUUUCUCUCUUUUUCUUCACAUCAUCUCCCUCUCCUCUUCUUCUGCAAGCAUAACCGCCUCUGUACGCGCUCACUACGUCUUUCUAUUCGCAAUUCUCAGACACCCCGCUACGCUCUUAUACAACUAGAAUCCAUUCCAGCCGCCCGAUACAACCAUGCCCGUUUCUCUUGAAUCCGCUCGUCGCCCCAUCAUGGCCCCAUCGGCACGCACGUCGGUUCGCUACAGCACCUACUCCGUAACUCCUUCUUUCGAGACAAACGACUCUGCCCAAGGCGAGAUCCGCGACAUCGCUACUGGCCUCGCCCGCAUGGAAAACCCCAACCUGUCGUCCCAGCGUGUCCUUCUCAACGAGGAAAAGGCCGACAACUUCCGCAAGCUUGCUCUCGGUGCCAAGCUCGAUCGCGCUCUUGGUCGUCGCAUGAGCAGCCAGGAUGCCGUCAUGCGUCCCAGAGCCCCCAAGCCCGCUUCCACGGCCACCACCAUCAUCGACGAGAAGCAGCAGCAUCAGCUCGUUGAAAAGGUCGCCUAAGCUGUUCUCCUCUCAUCCGCUAAACCUCCAUUCCGCAAUCAUCACGACCCGCACUAUGCACUCUCACAUAAGCUGGCUCUUCGAGCUGCAUACACUUGCAGUCAAUCAAUCAACUCUCUGAAAUUCAUGAGCGUCAAGGCAUAACCUCUUCUCACCCUUGCUCUCGGGCACACUACAACACCACCAUCGCUAUUCUUCACGACGACAAUGUCCCUAUAUUGGAAUAAUCAUCCUGUCACAUCUCUUUUUGACUGCUUUAUCGGCGUUUUCUUUAUGCUUUUUAUUCACAAAUGUCACUACCACCAUUUCUCAAUUUUUCUUUUGCGUUUCGAGUCAUAUCUGCCUCGCGGCUAGCAUACUCUGUGUUGGAAACAAGGGAGGGCAACGAGGACAAGGAGAACGAUCAAGAUCUCCUGGUAGUUUAGAAUUCUCGUAUGCUCUGCGAAGAUACUACCAACUUCGCGUCGAGCACAAAACAAAUGUCUCGUCUUUUUUUAACUUUAUGCAUCUUCCUCUGUAAUCUAUGCCGAUCACAUCUUCUCCUUUUCUAAAUUUAUAACCCUUAUACAUAGCAGAGUUCAUUUGAAAUGAUUCCAUCGUCAAAAAAAGAAAAAAUAUACAGCCACUCAGCAAGCCUUUACAAGAAUGUCACCGCGAACUGCCGGUCCAAUCUCUUCGUUGAGACUAAAUUAUCGUGGCGUUUUUUGCUCCAGCUAAAUUGAGACAAUGACGGGGCGUGCCUGGAUAUAUUUGCUUUUUCCUCACGCUGGCGCGCCCCAGCCUUGUCGCCUCCCCCUCCCCUCCUUACGCUUCUGCCUCUAAUAGAUCUGAUCUGUUCCCGUCACGCUGGUAUGACAAGAAGCAAUUAUGCUCUCAUGUGACAUGACCAACCCUAACAACCCAUCCUGUGCCAACGAAACUACCUGUCACACGCUCCACAGUCAUGCGGACUUCGAAUUCACAUCCAAAAAUACAGUCAAUAGAAAAUAUAUCUUGCUCGAUACCCCGCAUGCUCUAGAAAUAGUCGUACAAAUUCAUUAUGCUUAUUGCCUCCGUGCCACUCUAGCCAAUGCCGAGCCAUGCUCUCUAGACCCUGCGCAUGACUACCAUUUUCCAACACGCCUGUUUCCAAAGUAAACAGCAGCCCGUAUCAUCCUCGCCAAUUAUGCUUUAUGCGGUGUAUAUCUUAGCGUAAAUAGCAACUCUCCAGGUUAUACUCCUUUAGAGGGCAGCCCGGGCCUUCUCGAUUCUACCCUCAAUAUCCUUGAGCAGUGUCACGAGCUCGCCCUCCUCGCCCUCAACCUCAAGGCCCUUCUUCACCCACUCGCGGGCUUCUUCCAGACGGCUCAUCUCCAUCAAGCAGCGUCCUCUUCUCCACCAAGCCUUUGCGUUACCAACUCUUCUAGCCUCAACGCUGGCUUCGGCGUCCACGCUGCCUUCCGGCCAGUUCUGGAGCGCCAUGUGGGCUUGGGCACGGUUGGCGAGCAGACCGGCAACUUCUUCUCUCACUAGAGCUUGGGGCUCCCAGAGCGGACGGUUGAGGGCAAGCUCGAUCCCUGACGUGUAGAUCUUAAUAGCUUCGGGGUAGUUUUGCUUGCGGAACUCGGCGUUGCCAUUGUCGCGAAUCUUGGAGACAUCGGCGCUGCGCUUAGGGUUGACGGGGAUAGGGGGAGGAGGGACGCCGGCAGGGUGCUCGAUCUCGAGGAGAGCGCUGUGAAGUUUGUUGAGGCUGUCGAGUUCGGCGUUGAGAGUACGUGAUGAGCGGGUUGAUCCGACGGUCUGGGUCUUGCCAUCCAGUUGGAUGGGCAGGAAGUCGAAGUGAUCGAGGUCCGACAUUGUGGCGGAGUAUGGUGGGAUGAAGUAUUGUAAACUUGUAUUCUAAGCUUGCACCAGUACCAGAUUUCGAUGCGUCUCAGGUGAAAUGAAGAGUAGCGUAAGUUGGAAUCGUAGAAUACGAUUGGAGCUGGAG